GACUACCCUCACUUUGUUAUGGUCCUUGUGACCGGCUUCGAUUUGAUAUCAGCUGACUAUAACAAUGAGGCAGUUAUGUAGAAUCACAGUACAUUCUUGUUAUGAUCUAAUCAAUAUUAAAUACACCCCCAUUAGAUUCCUUACAUAUAGUUUUUAUAGAGAAUAUUUAUAUGUAAAUGUUUAUAUAUGUAAAUAAUAUUUCAGUUAUUGGAACGACGAGUCGUACCAGGAAGUCAUCAGUAAUAUAACCGAAUUGUGUUCGCAAAUGUUCGAAAAUUCGCGCGGUUGGGACGAAGGCGCAGGAGCGGGCGGGGCGGAGGGCGCCGGGCCCGACGCGGCCGGGGGCGGGGCGCCAGACGAGGGGUGCGGGGCGCUGGAUGCGGGCUGCGGGGCGCCGGACGCGGGCUGCGGGGGCGCCGGGCCCGCGGACGACACCGCGGACGAGGGCUGGGCGCACUUCUCCGACGUGUGCCCGCCGCCCGUGGACCCCUUCGCGCCGCCGAGCACGUGGCCUAACGAUGACUCGGAGGUCAACGAUCUGUCACAUAAAAUGGAGAACAUGGAGGCGAAGUUCGGCGAAAUGGUCGAACUGACCAACAACCUGCUGUCGGCCAUGAGCUGCAUGGCGCCGCAGGACAUCGCCAACAUCGUCAACGAUAACGCGAUGGAUAACAUCGAUAUACCGCUCGGCGAACCGGAAAAACCGGUACUCACCCCCGCCAAGAACAGCACUAGCGCGCCGAGUGACGUCACCCGCGGCGACGUCAGAACUGCCGAAACCCAAGAUAGUUGCGUGGUGCCCAAUGAUGCAACAUUGAACCUUAAUGCUGAUGCGAAUAAAGUCGAAAAUCAAGUCGACCACUCGCCGUCCGCUAGCGCGUUUAGUGACAGUCCGAACGCCGUCCACGAUAACAUUUCGAACGAAUCCAGAUCGAGCGGUAACGAUAGUACCCAAUGCGAUAACGAUACCGGUAACGCGGGUAACGAUACCAGUGAUACGUAUAACAGUAACGAUACCAGCACCGCUUGCGACACGAGUUGCGACGACAGCUCGGCGGAGAGAUGAUUCCCUCGUGUCCCACUCGCCCCACAUUCCUUUCUGUAUCUUAUCACUUCGAAAUGUGGACCGGUAGCGUGCGUUAAACAAACGAUUUGAUAGCGACAAAUAAAUAAAUAGGCGAAACUUGCAAAAAUAACAAACAAACAUUCGAAGAUUUACAAGAUUAAUAAUUUAAAGAGCACAUUAGGAUAAAACUUCACAAUAAAUGAAGGAAAGCGAAUUUUUUUUUGUACGUAAAUAUCGAAAAAUUUAUGAAAUUCAAACUCCCCACUCAUAUUUAUUCAUUAAAGGGUAUUAUGAUCGAUUGUCAUUUCUCGGGAACAAGUAUUAUUCAUUCAUUCAUUUUCGUAUUGAAAUAGACUUUUGUGAUGGAAAUUUUAAUGUCAAUAUAAUUUAUUGUACAUUUGAUAUUUUGAUAAAUUAAAUAGAAAUUUUUAAACUAAAAAAGAUAAGCUAAAUCACUUUCUUACUAAAUUAUUUUAAUGAUAUU